AUGUCAACGGCUGUCUGGCCGCCAAUAGCUCCGGACCAGCUCCUCAAGGAGGAACAAGCCUCGCAGGCGCGGGAGCUUGAAUGGCUUCUCUCCUCCCUCCAAGAGACCUUGCAAUCACUCAAAGCCGGCCUAGAAGAGUGUGCGGCUCUGCUGGCGCCCACUGAGCACGGUUCUACCCUUGUGCUCUCCACCCACAGGAGUGAGAGUCUCAAAGGCUUCGUUACGCGUGUGGGGACGCGCAUCGUCAAAGGCGACAUCAAGCUCCGCCUCCAAAGCCUCCCUCCACCGCGCGGUGCCAACAGCUACGAUCUCAGCAUCUCCGCCGCUCCAACCGCACCUACCCUCGUACUCGGCCAGCUGACCACCACCCGUACCGCCAUAAACACCGCCCUGGACGUUGUGGAUGUGACGCGCUGGGCCGGCAACACAAACGACGCAUCCUACAUCUCCGGUCAGCUCCAGCUUCUACAUGACAACAUCAUCUCCGCCCAGGAUGCCUUGAAGGGCUACUCCCACCUGCAGAAGGAGUGGUGGGAACAGCCGGCCGAUGAAAAGAUAUUCAGUCCACCACUGCCGCCCACACUGGAUCUUCAUUUCUCAAUCCACGACUCGGCGCUCCUGCUCACCGUCCGGACGCUGGAGCCCGUAUCGCCGACGCCAACGAGCGAGUCGUUUACCGGGUUUAGCAUCAGAAAGGGACUUGUGGCAGCGCUGGGAGGAGCUAGGAUCGCUGCACACGACGAGGCGAACGACACGUUCCAGUACAAGGGUCAGGACGUCAAGGUGAAGGACAAAGUCCGCGUCGAGAGCCAGGACCCCAGCCUCAUCGCGGUGAUGGUCAAGUUGAGCGCGCUCGAGCAUCAGCUGCACCUCGCAAAGCGGGCUCUGGACGUAGUGAUGGGAAGGGACGAGUAA